CGCCGUCGUCCCGGGGUGGCGGUGGCGACGACGUCGUGCACGACUACCGCUCCGCCGUGUUUCCCUUCUACGAGAAGUGGAGGAACGAAUACGGUACGUGCGUGCGUGGUGCAAAGAUAUAAUAUCGGCUUCUUCCUAUAUGCAUGUCCCGGCCCUCUUUCUCGAUCUCUCGAUUGAUCUCGUACGCGCAGCCAUGGAUUACGAUUAGUUCCUACCUGAUGGUUGCUGAUUGCAAGUUUGAUUCGAUCGAACAGUACUAGGGUUAGGUAUAUAUCCACUGCACCGAUGCAUGUGUGGCCAGCCUUUUCUUCUUCUUCUUUUGAUUUCUUUUUUCUGCGUGAGUGGAUACAUAAUCCCUUGUUGAUUAUAUUUGGUAGCACCUUUCCAAGUGCAGUGCAAACCGACGCAAAAAUGUAGACAAAGGACUGUAGGCAGCUAGGCGACGAAGGGAUACUUGCAUAGAUCCUUCCGUUCCAUUUUAGACGUUGUAGUUGCAUCAUGAGAGAGAGAGAGAGAGAGAGAGAGAGAGAGAGAGAGAGAGAGAGAGAGAGAGAGAGCUAUAAAGGCAAUAAUAGUGGAGACGAAUCGCAACAAAAACUAUGUGUACAAUUUGGUGUUGCGUGUGCGCUUUCUGCCUGCGGAGGAAUAGCGAUACGUUCCAGAGAAGAAACAAUAAUUGAGGUUCGUAGGAGCGAUGUCUGUUGUAGCUUAGGUAUAUGCUUCAUAGGAUAGCAAUCCGCUCCAUGAGGAUGGAAAGCAACGGUUCAAGUUCAGUACCAUACCACCAUUACCUAACGCGCCAAUACGUGCACAUAUACCAUGACUGAUAAUCACGCCAUCUUUCUUUCCAUUUCCCUAUUUGCUUUGCCUGUCAUGUUUAUGUGCAAAUAAAUAAAGUGAGCGAUGCUCAUGUCCACGGAAAAAAGAAGCGAUGCUCAUGAAUUCCGUACGUUUUUUUUUUUUGAUUAUAAAGUUUGAUCCACCAUUGACCCAGCUUUUGCGUAUUAAAAAAAAAGGACCCGCUGGGACAAGCCGCCUGGAAAAAAAAUUGAGUAAGUCGAUUUUUUCAGAAUCAAAAUACUUGCAUCAAUUCAGGUAAGUGGUUUUUUUCCCUCGGAAUCAAAAUUGACUUGCAUCAAUUUCGACAACUCAUUUUUUUUAGAUGAGCACUGGUUCCUUUGCAACCACAAAACACAAACCAAUAUAGGAAAGAAUAAUGAAAUUUUCUAAGAAACAUUGAAUUUAGAAAUUUGGUUGCCUUUUAUUUCUAUGAUACGACUAUACGAGGGAGCAUCUAUGUAUUAACCGGCGCCCGGCGGCGACCAGCCUAAGUGGUGCAUGGUUUGGACAUACGUCUUCCUCGCCUCACAUCACAAGCUAGCUGGCUACAAUAUUACAUCCGUUGAGCAUAUCUGGGAAACUACACACAAGUGUUAGAGUCCAUGGAUAUAUCCUUUAGUUGUAAGUUUCGACCAAUCGAUGUAAUGGGACUUCAUUAUGGUAUGAAAUUUGUGUGUAUAUAUACAUAUGAAAUCAGAGUUUAAUUAAUUUUGCAUGAGUAUGAUUAUCAAAGGCGUAGGCAGGCCUUUAAUAUGUGUUAUUUUUUAAACAAAAUAAAUUAAAGUAAAACAAAAUUAAAAUAAUGAGGUUUUCCAAGAAACAAUGAUUAGUGGCAUUGGUAUUAGUUUUUUUUAAAAGCAAAGCAUAAUAAUAAUGACAAAUUUGCACAAAAAUGGAAUAGAAAGUGUGAUUUUUGAUAAUAUGCAAGAAUAAUAGUAUAAUAGUGAAAUUUCUAGAGAAAAUAUUUUCGUAAAAAACGAACGAAAUAUGGACAUUGAUAUUUUACCCUUAAAGAAGGAAGAAAAUGAAAUAAAAGUAAUACAAAAUCAAAUAAUUUUUUUAAGAAAGAAUGAAUUAGUGUCAUUGGUAUUAUCCUGCAAUAAGGAAAAAAAAUGUCCCCUCAAAAAAUAGUAAGAAAGGAAAUGAAAAAAAUAUUAAAAAACUUGCACACAAUUUUGCAAUGAAAUCGCACUAUUUACCGUGCAAAUAGUAAGCAUUCAGUAGUGCAAUUUACGCACAUAGUACUGUGUAGCGCAGUCGCGUGCGCUGCGUACGUUUCCAAAUUUCAACCUACCUAAAUUUAGCCAAAGUGAAGAAAACACAUGCAUAUUCAGAGCUUUGGCAGUUGGGUCGCGGAGCAAAGGCGUCGCAUGUUGCCAUUUCCUUGCCAUCAGAUGAGAUGCCCAGCGUGCAUCGGGCUAUCUAUCUUCGUUGCCGGCUUGGCGACACAUGGGUGCGUCGCCGUCGCCCGACCAAUCAGCGUCAUCCCCCGCCAUCGACAAGGAAGCUUCCCUUCCCGCUGCCGUCGUCGUCUCCCGCCCUGCGGAAAGCGAUCCCGCCUACAUCUUUCGCCGCUCCCCUUUCCCGAUGCCCAAAACACCGCCCCGGUACUGCUCCGGCCUACCAUUGUCCAUUGACGCGCCGUGUCCUGUCGCCCGCCGCGCACUGCCAAACAAAUCGAUCUGCGACCCGGCCGUGGUCCGCGACGUCUGCCUCUCCGUCUCGCCCGACGACCUCGGCAAGAGCUCCUACAUGAAGGUCACGCACCACCCGCUCUUCGGCGACGGCAUCCUCAAGUCCAACGGCGACGCCUGGGCCCGCCAGCGGAAGCUCAUCGCCCCCGAGUUCUUCCCCGACAAGGUCAAGGGCAUGGUGGAUCUGAUGGUGGACUCGGCGCGGGCGCUGGUGCGGUCGUGGGAAGCCAGGGCGGCCGGGGCCGACGGAGGCCGCGCGCUGGAGCUCAAGGUCGACGACGACUUCAGGGCCUACUCCGGGGACGUGAUCUCCAGGGCGUGCUUCGGGAGCAGCAGCUACGUCAAGGGCAAGCGGAUCUUCGCCAUGAUCAGGGAGCUGCAGAAGACGGUCUCCAGGCCCAACCUGCUCGCCGAGAUGACCGGGCUGAGGUUCCUCCCCACGAGGAGCAACUGGGACGCGUGGCGGCUCAACCGGCGCGUGCGGAGGCUCAUACUGGACGUCGUGAGGGAGAGCGGCGAGGCGGACGGCGGGGACAACCUGCUCAACGCCAUGCUCCGCAGCGGCCAGGCCGAGGCCGGCGUCGCGGCCGCCGAGGACUUCGUCGUCGAUAACUGCAAGAACAUCUACUUCGCCGGGUACGAGACCACGGCCGUCACCGCGGCCUGGUGCAUGAUGCUCCUGGCGCUCCACCCGGACUGGCAGCGCCGGGUGAGGGACGAGGCCAUGGAGGCCCUCGCCGGCGCCGCCGGCGGCGCCGCCGGCGCCGCCGCCGAGCUCGACCUCUCGUCGCUCCAGAGAAUGAAGCAGCUGACGAUGGUGAUCCAGGAGACGCUGCGGCUGUACCCGGCGGGAUCGGUGGUGUCGCGGCAGGCGCUGCGGGAGCUCACCCUCGGCGGGGUGCGCGUGCCCAGGGGCGUCAACAUCUACGUGCCCGUGUCGACGGUGCACCUGGACGCCGAGCUCUGGGGCUCCCGCGCGCGGGAGUUCGACCCGGACAGGUUUGCGGGGCGGCCGCAGCUGCAUUCGUACCUGCCGUUCGGGGCCGGGGCGCGAACCUGCCUCGGCCAGGGCUUCGCCAUGGCCGAGCUCAAGGUGCUGCUCUCCCUCCUGCUCGUCAGGUUCGAGGUGGCUCUAUCGCCGGACUACCUACACUCGCCGGUGCUCAGGCUCACCGUGGAGCCGGAGCACGGCAUGCGGCUCGUGCUGAGGAGUGUACCGCCCAACGGCGAGACGGACCGAAAGUUGUAGACAUGGAUGUGAUUGUUUAUAGAGUAUUUAACAAAAAGAACUGGAGUACAUAAUUCGACAAAACUCCCAGUUCCCGUUUCUUGCUCACGCUGUUCUUGUCGCAAAUGGCCCGCGCGUUUUCCCACGGAAGAAAAAAACAUAAUUUUUAAUAAAGAUGAUCACA